UAAUCACAUAAAUAAAAUUUGCCAAAAGAUGGCGUCUAUCAUUUUGAGCAACUUUGCUGAAGAUACUGUACCUCAAAAACCACGAUCCUAUGAGUUAUCAAUUAAGAGCGUGAAAUUGCGCUUUUGAACCACUGUGCAGUGGCAUCGGUGCAGAAAAAGUGUAGCACUGGUGUAGUGCAAUUGGUAAAAACGAACGGUUUCAGUGCAGCUUUCGCUACACCAGUGUAGUGCAAUUUAAAAACGAAAACGACAUUAGAAUCAAAUUGACCAAAAUCAGCAAAUUCACCGCAGCUUGGGAGAUGGUUGAUGAUUUUUAUCUUAUUCUGCGUGCUUGAUUUUCUGACGAAAGGACGGACACUGUUUUGACGUGGAAAAGUGUCCGCGAAGCUGAAGAGCUGUGUGCGCGCGCGGUGCAAUUAAUUCGUUACCGUCGAAGUGAAGUUUUGUAUGUGCGCGCGCGUGUGUGUGUGUCUAUGUGCUGUGCCAUUCGCGAGAACGUGAAAGAAGGGCGCGCACCGCGUUCGCGAUCGAACGGGGAAGGAUAGUAAGGACCAGUCCACCACCAAAGGAGAAGCGGCCCAUCCGAAGGGGAGGGAGAGCUUCAGCCAGCCCCUUGUUCUUCUGGAGCGUACGCUCAAGAAAUGGAAUUGGAGGCAGCGUAUGAAGCACUAGCGGACUACUCGCUCCAGGAGGCUCCUUUCUACGAGGCACCAGUCAAAGUGAUACCCCAGCAAACACACAAUUCAUUCUCCUUCCGACUCGGCCCGAUGGCUGCGUCCUCGCUGAUGCUGGCCGGCGUUGGUGGCAGCAGCGCCGUUGGUGGCGGUGGCGGCGGCGGCCGUGGAAUUGGAGGAAAGUUAAUGCCAUUGAACGUUAGUAGCAGCAACAGUGGCAGUAGUGGAGGCUCGGUAACGCAGUCAAUGGCAUCUUCCGGUGUCCAGUCAUCACUGGUACCGUCACUGGUUCUACCACCCGCCAUCGGUGGUGGUGGUGGUCUUAUGAAAACGAAGAAAAAUUUGAAAAAAUCCGUCAGCUUUUUGCCGACAUUUGUGCAGAGUUUCGACGGUGAGACCCAGAUUCAGCUGAAACAGGAACCACUCGAUGAUGGACCGCACAUACGGAACAUACAGAAAGUUCCGAGCCUGUCGGAUCUGAGCGAUCCCGAGGUAUCUCUAGAUGUGCCGACGCAGAUGCCACCGUUAACGCCCGGAACGAACAAGAAGCUGACCGAGGUGCUGUACGCGUCCUUUGCCUCCUGGGAGAAGGUAGUGCAAUCGUACAAAAUCACCAAAGAUCCACGACAAUGGACCCCCGAACAUGUGAUCAUCUGGCUGAACUGGUCGAUCAAAGAGUUCUCACUCGAGAGCGUGAACAAAGAGCCGUUCCUGAAGAUGAGUGGCCGCGACAUUGUCGGCCUCGGGAGGGAAGGAUUCCUGGCAAUCGCCCCACCCUUCACCGGUGACAUUUUGUGGGAACAUCUGGAGAUCCUGCAGAAAGAUUGUGAGAAAGCCCUGCUAGACAGUAGCGGUGGCAGCAGCAGUGGAGGAGGUGGAGGCGGCGGCAGUGGAAGCAGUUCGACGGCAGGCUCCGGUGGAAAUCUGUACGACUGCGGAUCGACCGGGGCGGCCAGCAGCGGUGUUAGCGAACUCAGCGAGUACAACAGUGCCCUCCAGCGGCUCAGUAACCAGCAACAGCAGGAGUUUGGCACGGGCACGGGCAGUGCCACCAGCCAUUCCAACAACAGUAGCGGUUACACAUCCCUGCACGACCGAAGCAACAGUUCCCCGCCGCCGCUGAUCCAGUCGUCCAGUCAGCAGCAGCAAUCUGGAGCUGGCAGCGGUAGCGGUGGUGGUGGUGGAGGAGGAGGCGGCGGCGGUGGAGGUAGCAAUACUAGCAGUAACAAUAGUACCAGCACCGGUAACAGUCAAUCUUCGUCCUCUGGAAACAACGUCAGCAGCGGCGGAAGUAGUACCAACAACAACAACAACAAUAGUAUGUCCUCGUAUCUGUCCUCGAUGGCGGCAGCGGUGAGGAACGCCAAUAGCAAUAGUGCAAACAAUACCAACACCAGUUAUCCUAGCAGCAAUAGUGUGAAUACCGCUUCGACAACGUCCAGCAGCAGCCAACAUCCGCAGAUGAAGGAAGAGCAUGAACCGAACAGUUUUAUCAAUAUCGAUGAUUUACCGAACUUUGGUGUUGUCCCGGGUCACUACGACGACCAGGAUCAGUACCACUCGUUGCCACAGCCCGAAACGCAAACACCGUCGCACGGUUACCUGGAAAACAGUCCGGAAUUCUACUCUGCCAUCCAGAUGGAACAGAAGUACAUGGCACCGCACUACAAAACCGGUCCGUACACGAGCCGAGGCGGUCGGUAUCAUCAACCACAUCAUCACAGUGGUGGCGGUGGCACCGGAUCGGGAGCAGGCGCUGGCGCCGGAUCUCAGAACAGUCACCAUCACCACCACCACCACCAGCACCAUCAUCCGCAUCACGACGGGUAUCAUGAGUACAGUUCACCGUACGACACACCCCCAUUCCAGACCGUUCCCAGUAACACGACAUCACCGCAAGGUUCGGCAGGUAACAACAACGAUGGAACCGGUCUGGGAGGGCACAUGGAUCCAUGGAGUCAGUUACACCACGCCGGACAACACCCGGGUCAUCCGGGAGCACACCCAUCGCUGUUGGACUUUCAGCAUCCUGCCUAUAUGGGCACGACGAUGGGUUUCGAUAAAACGAUGCUAGGCAGUUACGGAGCGCAAGGUGGGACGCCCUGUUUUACCGGAUCCGGACCGAUCCAGUUGUGGCAAUUUUUGCUGGAACUGCUCACGGACAAAACCUGUCAGAAUUUUAUCUCCUGGACCGGCGACGAAUGGGAAUUCAAACUGACCGAUCCGGAUGAGGUGGCACGACGGUGGGGUGUUCGCAAGAAUAAGCCAAAAAUGAACUACGAAAAGCUUAGCCGAGGCCUGCGGUACUACUACGAUAAAAACAUUAUCCACAAAACCGCCGGCAAACGUUACGUCUAUCGUUUCGUGUGUGAUCUUCAAACUCUGUUAGGAUACUCAGCCAAGCAAGUACACGAUAUGGUUGACCUCAAGCCGGACAAAAAGGACGAUGAGUAAGCUGCGCUGCACCGAGUAACCUUCCCCAUUGGCUAGCUAGCCCUCUAGCCCUCUGUCAACCGACACCAAAACAUCGUUUUCGAAAGUAGGCCAAAGCGUGCUUCUUGCUCAAUCGAACAAACGUGAGGAGAAGUCCUUCUACCUCCGAGAUCGUGCUUCCAUCGUUACAAAAACAACAACAACAACAACAACAACAAAACAGAAAUGUCCUCCUCCUGUUUCUUCUACUUGACAUUCGGAAACAUCAAACCAAAAUCGUACUUCAGAGCUAGAAGGUCCAAACCCAAAACCUCUUACAAAUAGUAGUAGGCUGUGGCAGUGAACGAAAAACAACAACAACAACAAAAAAGUGCGGUGCCUCUCAUCUGCCACGCACAUCACUAUCAAACAAAAAAAAUACCCGCCAGCCAAGCCAAAUCCAAGCAGGCGCGUUGUAAAUACCAUAAAAGUGACAUCAGAUUUCCCGAUCUUUUCUAGUGUAGUAAACAAAUUGAUUCGAUCGACUAAUUCGAAGAAUCGAAUUUGAAAGCGUACUCUCACUCACCACUCACUCUUUCUUGUGUAGUAAACGAUUUACCCGAGGCCUUUUGCCUUUGGCCAGAGCAGAACUACAAUUGUUGCAAACACCAAUCAUCAUCAUCAUCAUCAUUGUCAUCUUCAUCAUCAUCAUGAUCAGGAUGAUCGGUGGGGAAUCGUUGAAAAACAAGCGAAACUUAAUUCUACUUAAAAAAAAGUUGUAGAGAACACAAAACAGUCAAACUGGUGCAAUUAAAGCGAACGGCUUUAAUUGAUCGAUCGUUGUUUUGUAGAAAGAAGAAAAAGAAGAAGUGAAUCGUGCAGUGUCUGCAGGAAGGAAAGCAAGAAACAAAUUUUAUUUUAUUUUUUUAGUUAAAGCAAAUUUUUGUGAAGCUUUGUGAUAAGUUUUUCAUUACUACGUUUUUUUUUAAAUAAGAUAUUCCUUCUACGUAAUGUACGAUUACAAUAUAAAGUAAGAUUAUUGAAAUGCGAAAGCAAAAUGAGAUAUAGAGUUUAGGAAAGUCCUCCCCCAAAUUAGAGGAAUACGAGAGAGAGAAACAGUAUAAAAUAAAUCGUAUCGUCUUUGUUCUUUGUAGUUAAAAACCAACUGCUAUUCAGUGAAAGCAGACAAAAAUUAACAAGCAGGGCUCGAACGUCAAAAAAAAACGGGAUGAAGCGUGCCUGCGAUUAGUGUGCGAAAUUCAAAUCGCAAUAUGCAAAUAAAAAGAACAAGAGGAAAAAAGAAACGAAUUCAGAGUACUAUCAUUAGAGCUUAGUUUGCUGUUUGUGUUGAACCGUUGUGCGCGUGUGAGUCCGUGCAUGUAGGAUGCUGAUCCUUUUCGCUGUACAAUAAAAAUAUAAGGUACAAGCGAAGCUGUGCAGUAGAGUGUUAAGCAAAUAAAUGAAUAAAUAAAUAUAUUAUUGUAAAAAAAAACCACAAAAGUCGAUCAAAAAUACAGCAAAAUAAAUAAAUUGU